UGUCACCGGACUAUGAGACCUGGACCCCAGCUUUCUGUAGAGUGCAGGUUGCCGACGGGCAUUAUGGAUCUCUUGCCCAAAACCAAGUAUAACCAUUUGCGCAACGAGUCGGUCAGCUCGGUGGAAGAGGCUCUAGGCGCGGGGAUGCCCGUUUCAUCCAUGGAUAUCAUGCUGGCCGAGUCUUUGCCCAAUUCGUCCUCCUCCUCUUCUCUCGCCCCCAUGUUGCCCCUGGCUGAGCUGUCCUCUGAGUCGGAGGACAGCCCUACCACCCUAUGCUCCUUCUUCCCAAAAAUGGCCAAUCUGAAGCUCUCUAACCCGGCGAACUUACUAAACCUGCGCAGCUUCUCCUCCGGGGCAGGGAAGGACUCGGGCAGCCCGGGGGAGCUGGCCGACAUCAGUGACAGCCUCGACUUAGGGAGGACUUUUACUGUUUUCUCUCAGGAUAUGAACAAGCUGAGUUGCGGGAGGAAGUCCCGGGUGGAAGGAGGACAACUGGCUGGAGACGAGUGGACACGACAUGGCAGCUUCGUCAACAAGCCCACCCGGGGGUGGCUGCACCCGGAUGAGAAGGUGAUGGGUCCCGGAGUCUUCUACCUCGUCAGGGAAGUGAGGUGCAGUCUCCGUAACGAGGAUCUCAUCUGCGUUCUAAUUAGUUAA